UUAUCAUCACUUUGAGGAGUUUGCUUCUUUUGGCUUUUGUCCUUUUUAUUCGCUGCACUUGUGCCUGCAAAGAUUUCUUCAGAUUUGAUCAAAAUGCUAAGGACAUGGUUUCAAACUUUGCCGACGCGCGGUAAAAGUUCAAUUUGCGCAUCUUACCGGAUACUUCGAUUGCGGCGUUUAAAUUUCAUACAAUCAAUCCUUCCACAAUAUCGGUUAGUUAGUAGCCAAAAUACCAAGCCCGCUGAGGAAAAAAGUAGAGUUUUUUACGCACUAUUAGCUUUAGGAGGUGCUGUGGCUGGCUUUGCUCUGUACGAACACAAAUAUAAAUUGUUUAAUGUGAAAUUCAAUGAAAUCAACACUACGAGAGAACUAAACUCAGAAGUCAAUGAAGAUAAACCCAGUUGGCAUACAAAACCACGCCCGGAUUUACCUACCUAUAAAACAAUCGAUGUUCAAAAUCACAGUACUAUUGAGAAUCGCGUAUGGGUUACCUAUGGGGUCGGCGUAUAUGAUAUAACAGAAUUUAUUGCUAAGCAUCCAGGUGGUGAAAAGAUUAUGUUGGGGGCCGGCAGUGCAAUCGAUCCAUUUUGGGCUAUUUAUCAGCAACACAAUAAUAAAGAAAUUUUAACGCUUUUAGAGCUUUAUAGAAUUGGCAAUCUCUCCCCUGAAGAUGAGGUCAGCACAAACGACAUGGGUUCACCAUGGGCUAAUGAGCCUAAACGUCAUCCUAUCCUAAAGCCAGCAUCAAUUAGACCGUUCAAUGCUGAGCCGCCAUUGAAACUUCUGGGAGAACAUUUUUUUACUCCCAAUGAAUUUUUCUACAUUAGAAAUCAUUUACCAGUUCCUAUUUUAGACAUAAAGGACUACGAGCUGGAAAUUGCUAUUGAAACUACCAAGUCGGGUACUGCAGAACAGGUCAAAUCAUUUACAUUUAAUGAUAUUAAGAGAAUGCCGAAGUAUACGGUCACUGCCGCAAUAAUGUGUGGAGGUAACCGACGUUCUGAAAUGACGACGGUGAAGUCCGUGAAAGGUCUUUCUUGGAACGCAGGAGCAGUGGGUAACGCAACUUGGUCCGGGGUCCGUUUGAGAGAUGUUCUACUUGAAAUGGGUGUUAAGCCCAAUGAAAACCUACAUGUGGUAUUAGAAGGUGCCGAUCUCGAUCCAACUUCACAUCCUUACGGUGCAUCCAUCCCACUUUCGAAAGCAAUGGACGAACGAGGAGAUGUGUUACUAGCGUAUGAAAUGAAUGAUAAACCGCUCAGCCGAGAUCAUGGAUUCCCUUUGCGGUGUAUCGUUCCUGGUACAGUUGGCGCCCGCAACGUGAAAUGGCUUUCUCGUAUUGCAGUGUCUGAGAGCGAAUCUAGUUCGCAUUGGCAGCAGAAUGAUUAUAAAGUAUUCAGCCCAAGUACGGAUUGGGAUACUGUCGAUUUUUCCAAAGCACACGCCAUUCAAGCAAUGCCCGUCACUUCAGCGAUUUGUACACCAGCAGAGGGUGAGGAAGUAAAAAUACCAGUUAAUGGUUGUCUCACAGUACAGGGAUAUGCGUGGUCAGGUGGCGGCCGUCGCAUCCUGAGAGUUGAUUUGACUAUAGAUCAGGGCAAAACAUGGCAUGUUGCAGAUUUGGAUCAGGAGGAUCUACCCGACGGGCGCCAUUAUGCUUGGUCACUAUGGACUGCGCGAAUCCCAAUUGAUAAGAUAACGGCACAAGAAAUCGAAAUUUGGGCCAAAGCUGUUGAUUCCGCAUAUAAUGUUCAACCAGAAACGGUUGCAAAUAUCUGGAACUUACGUGGGGUGUUAGCAAACGCUUACCAUCGUAUAAAAGUCAAAAUCAUACAAUAAUUUACACGAGGAAAUAAAAAAGAACCUAAACGGCACUCUAAGCCCAGCUUAAAUCAGCUUAUUUAAUGGUAUCCGGACGUUAAUUUCGCCAGAGAUCGACGGAUCUUACGAGGCAGCUGAAGCUUUUUUUUGCAAUGAGUUGAACUCCUAUGACGGCAUCCACGGGGCGAGAACAGGUGAAGGCGGUGGUAAUCCCUCUGUGAAUAUUUUUGAUUGCCUGUAUGUACCGCGUCGGGUCCAAUGAUUGUCGGAUGUAGUCCUCAAUCUCAUCCUUCAGUUCAUAGAGGUGCUUCUGCCUACAAGGUGGCCCAUUUCUACCACUACCUUAUGUGGUGCCAACAAUGGUUCUUUGACUUUGCCAAAAGUGCUGCCAAUGUUAAGCUACUACUGGAAAAGUUUCACUCUCCCUUGCUGGACUAUCUAGGUCAGGUCAAAAAAAGGAGACCCCAAAAGUCGCAUUUUGCUCCAAGACAGCAUGGGUUAGUAUGGAACAAAAUUAACUGUCUUUUCCGGACGAUAGUUCAUUAAAGCAUGAGAUAUUCAUCUUUAAUUCGUUAGAGCACAGAAUUUACCAACGCAUUCCAACGGAAUCAGAGUGGGAACAUAAAUAAGGAUGACUUUUCUGGUAUUUGGGGACAUUUUUGUUGUUUCCGCGCCUGGGUCGGCUUAUCCAUCAAUCGUAGUCGUCAAGCUCAACUAACGGUAGGCCCAAGAAACGAGCUGCUUCGACGGGAUCGGGGAGUCUCCACAUGCCGGGAACUCAUUGGGGAUAUCGGGGUCAUGUCUGGACAAUUACCUCUUGAGACGGCAACAAUAUUCUGGUCGCAAUUGGGCCAAAGUAGCGUGGCAGUCGAAGCUCAGAGUUUGCAAAAGGUGGUGGUUGGGCUCCGAUCACGAUAUUUAUAGGACCGACUCUCUAUGAAUGCCAUUGAUCACUCGUUGGUACGUCGCCGGGUCCAAUGGUUAGCCGAUGUAAGUCUGAACUGCGUUUAUUUAAUUUUUUUUUUGCUCCCUUAAGGGAAGCAUUUGUACCCCAUGGUAAGGUGAUGCUCAGAAGUCAUCAGAAAGCAUCCUGUCGCUGUCCGGAGUGCUGCAUUCUGACUAGUUUGCAGCUUCGUACACUGCCUCCACUAGUGCCCGGCGACCGAACAGGCGCAGCAUAGUUCAGGAUCGCCGGCCAAUUGCCUUGGAUAUAGCCAGCAACGUUUCUUUGUCUUUGUCCCAGGUACUGCUGGCGAGCGACUUGAGGACCUUGUUACGGCUCUAUACUUUAUUGAAAAUUUCGGUUGUGCUGCAACUAUUGAACCCAACAAUUACGUCAUAGAAAAGC